AUGUCUACUGCACAAGAGCAGAACGCCAUCAACGCCGAGGGCUACGGCAUCGACAAGGAGACUAACGGUCUCAAUGGUAUCAAUGGCUACGACCAUGCACCCGCGAACCUUGGUCCCAUGAAGCAGCGCAAGCCUUACGAUUACGGCGGCAACCCUCUGGCACACAUCAACACUGGCGAAUCUGUCCGUCUCCCUGCCUUUGGUGGUGAAUUCCAGCCCGGUCUUUACAAGCCCAUCAACGACCGCAAGUUCGCCAACCCUGCACCUCUCGGUCUGAGCGCUUUCGCCCUCACCACCUUCGUCCUCUCCUUGAUCAACCUUGGUACCCGUGGUAUUACUGAGCCCAACAUUGUUGUUGGUGCUGCUUUCGCAUACGGUGGUCUGGUUCAACUACUUGCCGGCAUGUGGGAGAUGGCCAUUGGAAACACCUUUGGUGCUACUGCUCUCUCUUCUUACGGCGGUUUCUGGAUUGGCACUGCUAUCAUCCUCACUCCUGGUGGCUUUGAAAUUGCCAGCGCUUACGAGGGUACUUCAUUCGACGACGUCUUUGGUUUCUAUCUGAUGGGUUGGUUCAUCUUCACCUUCCUCCUUCUUAUCUGUACGCUGCGCUCGACUGUCGCCUUCUUCUUCCUCUUCUUCACCCUCGACCUUGCUUUCCUCAUGCUGGGUAUCUCAUACCUCCAGCACGGAAACAUUGCUUGUCUCAGAGCUGGUGGUGCUUUCGGUAUCCUCGCUGCAUUCGCCGCCUGGUACAACGCCCUUGCCGGUAUCGCCGACACCAGCAACUCCUUCUUCAUCAUUCCUGUCGCCCACUUCCCCUGGUCUGACAAGGGCCGUGAGAGACGUGAGAAGGUUGACAACUCAGCUGCUCGUGCCGCCGAGUCGGUCUAA